CAGACAGUUCUCGAAGCUAUUUAAUAACGUUUACUAAACGUUGUAUCUUUGGCCAUUCUUAUUUCGUGACACGCGUGGUUUUACUGUGCAAACUCGUUCGCGCCCUCUGUACCGAAAAUGUUUAAGAUUGGUCGAGGAUUGGCCGUUCUUGGAUUUCUCGUUGAAAAACGUGCCACGAUUGGUAACGAUAUUGUUAUCUGGCAGAAACAUGGAGAUAAACAGACGGCUGUAGGAGACGGUGACCGAUGGGAAGCCGGGUAGUAUCAUUGCGGCUGUCUAGUGGUAAACACGGUCGCGUGCAAGCGAAGCGAACGCUGACGAUAGACAUCGCGCUGCUCCAAGACGUUUCACGUUCACGCACGCUCGAUACGACUCCGAUAUCGAUCCUUCUCGAUUACGAGUCGAUACGCGAUCAAUCAAAUCCCCGUCGUUUGUCGCGGCGCGACGCGAGUGAAAGCGAAAGCUCGUUAGGAUCGGUUCGCUCCUCGUCUCGUUCACGGCGGUCGGUUUUCUUUUUCGUCGUGCGAGCGCGAGCGGUGUGCGACUACUAGUUCCGCGUCCCUUUGCGUGAGUGCGUGUGUGCGUGUGUGUUUAUGUUUGUCUGUGAGCGUGGUGCUUGUCCCUCGUCGCGCAACAAUAUGACCGCGGAUCACGAAAACGACACGAAGGUGAGGUUACGACGAACCAAGAGCGUCACCAGGGCCGAGGAGAUCCAGAAAGCCGAGAUGAUGGUUCGGAAAUCGCAGCCCGACAAACCAUGUCAUCGUCCUAGAGAUAGUCUUUUCUCCUGGAGCUCGGGCUUCGACAACUUUACGGGAUUCGUCAACUGGGGCUUCCUCUUGUUGGGCAUCGGUGGAAUCCGAUUGCUCCUAGAAAAUUUCAUAAAGUACGGGAUCAGGGUGGAUCCGAGGGAAUGGAUUCUGUUCCUCAGCGGGAAAUACGAGGGCGGCAAGGAACACGCCUCCGUUAUACUCAUCAUCUAUUCCACCAUACCGGUGGGCCUUUGUCUGCUGAUCGAAAAGGGAUUGUCGGUGGAUAUCAUAGCUCAUGGGCCAGGAAUGGUGUUCCACGUCGUAAACCUCAUCGUGAUGGUACUGAUGCCGAUGGUGGUCAUCCACGUGAAGGAUUCCGGAUGCAGCCUGAUCGGCGCCAUGUACGUGUGCAUGCUGUACGCCAUUCUGUUCCUGAAGCUAUGGUCGUACGUGCAAGUCAACAUGUGGUGUCGAUUGUGCAGCAGAAGAAAACCGACGAUCCAAGGGAGGAUACGACGCCAGUCUCUAUCGUACAAUAAUCUUCAAUCUACCGGCGUGAAACAAAACGGCGAGGAGGUCGAUGACUCGAAGCAGGAAGCAGACGAGGCUGGUACGGCUUUGGUGCAAUAUCCGGACAACUUGAACCUUCGUGAUCUUUACUACUACAUAUUGGCGCCUACGCUCUGCUACGAACUGAAUUUCCCCAGGACACAAAGGAUACGGAAAAGAUUCCUGAUUAAACGAAUCUUGGAAGUUGUAGUCGGCUGCCAAGUGGUCAUGUCGUUGUUUCAGCAGUGGAUGAUCCCGUCCGUGAAGAACUCCCUCGUCCCGUUCAGCAACAUGGACGUGGCGAAGGCCUCUGAACGUUUGCUCAAAUUGGCUAUACCGAACCAUCUGGUCUGGUUGUGCUUAUUCUACUUGUUAUUCCAUUCGACCCUCAAUCUGAUGGGCGAACUGCUGCAUUUCGCCGAUCGGCAUUUCUACUGCGACUGGUGGAACGCGAAUAACAUCGACACUUUCUGGAGAACAUGGAACAUGCCGGUGCAUCGAUGGGCUGUGCGGCAUCUCUACAUUCCUGUUAUUGAGAUGGGCUACCCAAAAUCGACAGCUUCUCUUUCCGUGUUCUUCAUCAGCGCCUUCUUCCACGAGUACCUGGUCAGCGUGCCACUGAAGACUUUCAAGACUUGGGCCUUCAUGGGAAUGAUGGGACAGAUGCCAUUAUCGAUGCUAAGUAAGAAGGUGGAGCGGAAUUGGGGCGCCAGAUGGGGCAAUAUCGUGGUGUGGGCGAGUCUCAUUAUCGGACAGCCACUUUGCAUAAUGAUGUAUUACCACGAUUACGUGAUAACUCACUUCGGCCAGAUACUGGUGGAGGAUUACUCGACGGUGUAAAACGAAACAACCGGUCGCGAAGAAGAGAAGAAAAUAAUACUUUUCGAACGGGCGUUCAUACACGACGAUCUAUCGUAUUUUUUCAACGAUGUAUGCGUAGUCUAUCGUAAAACAAUAUUUUCUACUUCGUCGCGCGAAUUGGCCGAUUUUUGUUCCAAAAACGAACGGAAAACGAACAAUGUAUAAAGAAAGAACUGAAAUAACGCGCAAGUGCCUCAAGUAUUACGCGCCUCUGUUUUUUUAUUCACGCUUAAUAACGCGUACGAUCGGAGAAACGUACCAUCGCAUUAUCGAGUCGUAUUAAUCAGCGCUUACGAUUUCGUUCCAGAAACGUUUCCUAUGUUUUACAUACGCGCGCAGGCGAUGGUCCCACACAAGCUCCUAAAGCAUCCAAGCGUAACAUUUGCCAUUGUAUACGCAUUUUACUCAAUUUGAUACAAACCGUUCCAACGGUCGCUCCGUUUAUCUACAUUUCGUCCUUGUUGAGGCUAAAGUUUUCUAUGGUUUUUUGAAAUAAUCGUUAAACUAAGUAGCGCUAGUCGAAACGUCUCGGGACAGCGUAUGUAGUCGCGUCGGUGUAUUUUUUGGUAAACCGUCGGGCGGUACGCGUUGAUACGCGAUUCCGGGGAGGUUUUGGUCGCGUACGAAAACAGUUUAUGGAAUUUUACCAUUCGUGGGGCUCUUGUGCUCGCUCGAUCGUGAACGUGGAUCGUAAAUUCUUGUGCUUCGCGACUCGGUUCGCGUAAACGGCUCGCGGGUGCAUUCGUGCAGACACGAAUAUUAUGCGUGCGUUGAGACAAUAAUUCAUCAUACGUAUUUUUUUCCUUUCUACGUGGCACCGGCUUUACGACCCCCGGGGAGAAGCGCGUUCGGAAUAUUAGCCGUAAUAAAUUUGUCCGAGAAUAGAGUCUGGAAGUCGCGCGUUCGGUAAAUAUUUCAGCCUCCUCCGUGUAUCGCGGAAGCAUUUAUAACGGCGCGGACGUCGCGGCUCGAGAUUUAACGAGCCCGCUUGGGUGCCAGUUGUGUAUACGAACAAGAGCAAUUUUCUACGUUUCUUUCUACCUCCCC